AUGGAUUGGAUGAAUCCUAUUUCUGUGUUGUUCCUAUUUGCCCUCACACUUGCAUUCCUUUGGAAAAGAAGCGAUUUCUGGAAGAGCAGUGGCAAAAAUCUCCCACCAGGACCUCGCCCAUUACCACUCAUUGGAAACCUCCACCUCCUAGAUCUGAAGAGACCUCACGGAACCAUGUUAAAGUUAUCGAAGCAGUAUGGCCCUGUCUUCAGUUUCCAACUGGGAUUCCAGAAAAUGGUCGUUCUGUCAGGCUACAAGACUGUAAAAGAGGCUUUGGUGAACCAGGCAGAUGCCUUUGUGGACAGGCCCAAGAUCCCAGUGUUUGACGAUGCUGAACAUGGCCAUGGUAUCGUGUUUUCUAAUGGUGAGAACUGGAAAGUGAUGAGGCGGUUUGCGAUAACCACGUUAAGGGACUACGGAAUGGGCAAGAAGACCAUAGAAGACAGAAUUGUCGAGGAGUGCCGUUGCCUAAUACAGAAGUUUGAAUCUUUUGAAGGGAAACCAUUUGAGACUACUAGAAUCAUGAAUGCAUCCGUUGCCAAUAUUAUAGCGUCCAUAUUACUCGGCAAGCGAUACGACUACGAAGAUUCCACAUUAAUAAAAUUACUGAAAUUGGUCAAUGAAAACGUCCGGGCCUUGGGAACUCCCUCCGUCUUGCUGUACAACAUGUUUCCUGCUCUGGGUUUUCUUUCUGGUGGUCGCAAGAUUAUCCUUAAGAACGCGAGGGAAAUGUAUGACUUCAUACAGGCCACCUUCUUAGAACACCUCAAAGUACUGGAUGUGAAUGACCAGAGGAGCUUUAUUGAUGCUUUUCUAAUCCAACAGCAAGAGGAAAAGAACAAGAACCAGAGCAAUGAAUUUUUCCAUAAUGAAAACUUAAAAGCUGUUGUGGCAACCUUAUUUGGGGCUGGCAUGGAGACCACUUCGACUACAUUGCGUUGGGGCUUGUUGCUGAUGAUGAAGUACCCUGAAAUUCAGAAGAAAGUGCAAGAAGAAAUAACCAAGGUAAUUGGGUCCGCUCAGCCACGGAUUGAGCACCGAGCAAAACUACCCUACACAGAUGCGGUGGUGCACGAGGUUCAGAGGUUUGGUAAUAUUGCCCCUGCUGGCGCACCACAUGCCACCACUGCAGACGUCACUCUUGGAGGCUACUUCAUUCCAAAGGGAACGCAUAUCAUUCCAUUACUGUACUCUGUGCUGUACGAUGAAUCCGAGUGGGAGAAACCCUUUAAAUUCUAUCCUGAGCACUUCCUUGAUUCCGAAGGGAAGUUUGUCAAGAGAGACGCCUUCCUGCCUUUCUCUGCAGGUCGGCGAGUGUGUGCUGGUGAGACCCUUGCCAGAAUGGAGCUCUUCCUCUUCUUUGUGACUCUCCUGCAGAGAUUCACUUUCCAGCCAGCCCCUGGGAUGUCAAGAGAAGACCUGGACCUGACCCCUGUAGUUGGGUCAACUCUGUCUCCGAUACCCUACAAAUUCUGUGCUUUGCCACGUUCUUAA